AUGGAGGGCACAAUGCACUCAAGUUUCCGAAGGCUCAGCAGCCGUGAGAAGAAGGAAAUGCAGAAGGAGAUUUUAUCAAUUUUGGGACUUCCAGGACGGCCUCGUCCUCACCCACCUCUAAGACCUCCAUCCUCUGCACCUCUUUUCAUGCUGGACCUAUACCACGCCGUAUCAGCUGAGGGAGAAGAGGGUCCAGGUCUUGGUUUCACCCCUGAAGUGGAGAGUGAUGUUGCACUGCCCACCCUCAGCACACACACACCUCCACUCGGCACGGUGGUUAGCGAGGCAGACACCGUCAUGAGCUUUGUCAACCUGGUGGAGCAUGAGAAAGAUCUACUCCAGCCUCGACCCUACUGGAAAGAAUUUCGUUUUGAUCUGACACCUCUUCCUCAGGGAGAGACAGUCACUGCUGCAGAGUUCCGUAUCUACAAAACCGUGACUGUGGGUCAGCGAGUGAACCGUACCCUCCACAUCUCUGUUUAUGAAAUCCAGAGGGAGAAAAGACCCAGGGAGCCAGAGCUGGUCUUACUGGACAUGCAGUCUAUUCCAGCAGGACAGGAGGGCUGGCUAGCCUUUGAUGUGACAACUGCCAGCAAUCACUGGCUCCUCCAACCACGAAGUAACCAGGGCAUUCGACUAUAUGUGGAAACAGAGGAUGAGCGCUCAUUGUCCGCUGGUUGGGUGGGUUUAGUGGGCCGCAGAGGUCCACGGUCCAAACAGCCCUUCAUGGUGACGUUUUUUAGGGCCAGUCAGGUUCCCUGCCGCCCACCUCGUGCUCUGAGACCCAAUAACCAACGCAAGAAAAAACACAGAACUGACCUACCCCACCCUAACAGACCUGAUCAUCCUCCUGUAAGCAAUGGGCGACACGCCUGUAGGAAGCAUGAGUUAUAUGUCAGCUUCAGUGACUUGGGCUGGAAGGACUGGGUUUUGGCUCCUUCAGGUUACUCAGCGUAUUAUUGUGAUGGGGAAUGUGACUAUCCUCUGGGUUCCUGUAUGAAUGCUACUAAUCAUGCCAUGAUCCAGCUUGUGGUUCAUCUCAUAAAACCAGAUGAGGUCCCAAAGGCUUGCUGUGCACCAACCAAACUCAGUCCUAUUUCUGUGCUGUUCUAUGAUGACAACAACAAUGUGAUACUGAAGAAACAUAGAAACAUGGUGGUUAAGUCUUGUGGCUGCUUAUAAAU